CCCAUUCCCUCCCCUCAUCUCUCUACAUUUCUCUCUCAACUGUUUUUCUUCUAGGGCGGGAACCGGGAUUGAAGUAUUGAGUGGCAUCUCAGCGAUGAAGAGAACAAGACCCACGCCGUCGCUAUCCGCCUCCACUCUUCCUGAGCCACCACCUACUCCUCAGCCCACCUUCAAUGCGUUCAACCGCCGCAAGCCCACAAACCCCAAAUCUCUCCUCAAAUUAACACCACCACCAACAAUAAUAACUCAAUCCCAUAUCUGGUCUCCACUCGAUCUCACGCAAUCGGAGCUCUCUCUGCCUCUCACUUUCCCCACCGGUCAAACCUUCCGUUGGAAGCAGACGGCUCCUCUCCAAUACACCGGCGCUGUAGGGCCUCACCUGGUCUCGCUGAAGCAAGUCCAGAACGGCGACGUUUUGUAUUGUGUACACCGAACCCUUUGCGAAUCUUCUGCAAAGUCGGCUCUACUAGAUUUCCUCAACAUUGAUAUUUCCUUAACUGAAAUUUGGAGGGCAUUCUCCGCGGCAGACGCUCGGUUCGCUGAACUGGCGUGCUAUUUGCGAGGAGCAAGGGUGUUGAGACAGGAUCCGCUAGAAUGCUUGAUCCAGUUCCUGUGCUCGUCUAAUAACAACAUUGCAAGGAUUACUAAAAUGGUGGAUUAUGUUUGUUCUCUAGGGACGUAUUUGGGGGGUGUUGAGGGUUUGGAGUUUUUCGAGUUUCCAUCACUGGAGCGAUUAUCAGUGGUGACCGAGCAGGAGCUUAGGGAAGCUGGUUUUGGCUACAGGGCCAAAUACAUUACUGGCACUGUGAAUGCUUUGCAAUCAAAACCUGGCGGAGGUGUGAAAUGGCUCGAGUCUCUUCGUAAAUCAGAUCUCCCAGUGGUGAUUGAUGCUCUGUCUACAUUACCUGGAGUCGGUCCCAAGGUGGCAGCAUGCGUAGCUCUCUUUUCCCUUGAUCAACACCAUGCCAUUCCUGUUGAUACACAUGUGUGGCAGAUUGCCACAAGAUACCUUGUGCCUGAGCUAGCAGGUUCCCGAUUGACACCAAAGCUGUGCAGCCGUGUUGCUGAGGCAUUCGUGAGCAGAUACGGGAGUUAUGCUGGGUGGGCUCAAACUCUACUUUUCAUUGCUGAACUACCUUCCCAAAAAGCUAUCAUACCAUCUCAUUGUCAAACUACCACCAAAGAGAAUAAAUCUAGUAAGAGAAAGGAAAGCCAAAUUUAUGCUGGUAAACUGGAGUAAAUCCUGAGCCAUCAAAGAUGUCCGUUGGCUGGAGGGAGAAUGGUGCCCAAACCAUGUGGCUCUUACAGGUUGGUUGUACAUACUCAUACAGGCCCUAGAGUUUGUGCACUCAUCAAUCAUAAGUUUUUCCACGUCAAUUUAUCAAAUGCUUUGUUUCAUGUUCAACUUUUCCUUUCCUUAUGGAUUUUCUCGUCAGUGAGGCAACCCCCACAUUGACAAGUUUAGAUUGAGAUUUCAUUUUAGCUGUGUAAAUUAUCAAGUACUUACUUAUGGGACGACAUUUGAUUCAUAAUUGAAUGAGUGUGAGUUGGUAUGACAA